AUGGAUGAUCUCGUUCCAAACACAUAUCAAACCAAUAAUUCCAAGGCGACUGUCAACGGAGUUGAGAACGCGCCGUUAUUAUCGGGCCCUGUCGUCGUUCAACGCGCGAAUGAUCUAGUUCCUCAAUUCGGUUACAUCGGCAAUUACCCAGAUGAAGCCGGACGAGGAGUCAAGGUUUUCCAUAAUACUAAUGUUCCAUUUUCCACAUUCAUCUGCGGUGUUCAAGGAAGUGGCAAAAGUCAUACUACAGCUUGCAUGCUCGAGAAUGCAUUGAUCCCGUACAAACAGCUUGGCCGCUUGGAAGCACCUGCUUGUGCAAUGGUCUUUAGCUACGGAAGUUGGAGCACCGGUGGAUCAGGAUUCAGUGUCAGAGAAGCUGUGCAUUUGGCUCAUGCGAAACAUGAGUUUCCCGGGCAGAAAGUACGAAGAAUCACUGUUUUGGUCUCUGCUGACAAUGGAGCAAUCAGAAGCUGCUAUGAAGAUCCAAUUUGCAACGUCCGUGUCGUUCCGUUCAAACUCAACGCAAGAGCUCUCGACAUCACUGCCAUGCGCGCAUUGAUGGGGGUCGGUGAUAAGAGCCCUACACUUUACAUGGGCCAGGUCGAGAUGGUGCUUAGAAGGAUAUCGUCCACAAGCAAGGAUGGAUUACUCGACUACAACUUAUUCAUUAGGGAAGUGAAGAAGCUAGACCUGAGUAGGGAACAGGCGCAAGCCCUUGACUGA